UGUUUCGUUACCGAGCGUAAUGGACAUAGUUCACGUCCACUUUGUCAGACGGCGCGUCAAGCAUCGAGAAAUGUGCCCGUCGAGGCUGGUGGCCGUUUUCAGGUUUCUCUCUGUUAAUAGAUCUGUGUCGUAACCAGGACCAGGAUGUCGACGGACUUUUACAUACGUUAUUACGUCGGUCACAAGGGCAAGUUUGGGCACGAGUUUUUGGAAUUCGAGUUCCGGCCCGAUGGCAAGCUUCGCUACGCGAACAAUUCCAACUACAAGAACGACACGAUGAUCCGCAAAGAGGCAUACGUGCACCAGUGUGUGAUGGAGGAGCUGAAGCGAAUCAUCCAGGAUUCCGAGAUCAUGCAAGAGGACGACUCGCUGUGGCCGCAGCCGGACCGCGUUGGUCGGCAGGAGUUGGAAAUUGUCAUCGGUGACGAGCACAUAUCCUUCACCACGUCCAAGACCGGCUCUCUCCUGGAUGUCAAUCAGUCACGUGAUCCGGAGGGAUUGCGUUGCUUCUACUACCUCGUGCAGGAUCUCAAAUGUUUGGUGUUCUCUCUGAUAGGGCUACACUUCAAAAUCAAGCCCAUCUAGACCCCCCGACUCUGUAUCGCUUUAUCCAAAUAUUAUUAUUGUAAUGACUCUUUUCUAUUCCAAUAAAGUGUAACAUUAUUUGUA